AUGAAUUAUCAAAAUAAUCAACGUGAAGUUCCUUUCAACGGACAACCGGAUGCACCUAAUAUUCCUAGCGAAGCUUACUCUGGUCAUGAUAAUUUUCGCUCAACUGUUCAGCUUCUAACAACAGCGACGGCAACAGCAGCAACAGUUUCAAAAGAGGCAGCGAUAGCAUUACUAAUAAUUAACUUG